AUGAGUUCCAGUUCCUCAACUGUGAACCAAGAGUCCAUAGCAGCGGACCAACCUUUGGACGCUGACUUGGAGAUGACCAAGUCUUCUCGCGACAAGAUGUCAUGGCACAUGGCACCCGAGGUGCAAAUGAUACAAGAGCGAGACGAACAAGCCGGCGAGAAGCCCAAAAAGCUCGGCGUGAGUUGGACCAACCUCACAGUCAAGGGUGUCAGCGCCGACGCGACCUUCAACGAAAACGUACUUUCUCAACUUUACCCCUUCCACAAAACCGACAAAACCGAACCGAUCAAGACAAUUUUAGAGAACUCAAACGGAUGCGUCAAGCCUGGAGAGAUGUUGCUUGUUCUGGGUCGUCCAGGAUCAGGCUGCACAACAUUGCUCAGCGUGCUCGCCAACAACCGCCGCGGCUACAAAGAAGUCACAGGAGAUGUCCAUUACGGCAAUAUGAGUGCCGACGAAGCCAAGCAGUACCGUGGCCAGAUCAUUAUGAACACCGAGGACGAGAUUUUCUUUCCUACCCUUUCCGUCGAAGCCACUAUCGAUUUCGCUGCCCGCAUGAAGGUCCCUUUCCACCUGCCCUCUGGGGUCAAGACACAUGAAGACUACGCCCAGUUUUACAAAGACUUCCUCUUGCGAUCAGUUGGCAUCUCCCAUACCGCCCAUACAAAGGUUGGAGACGCCUUCGUUCGAGGUGUUUCCGGAGGAGAAAGGAAACGAGUCUCUAUUCUCGAAGUUCUAGCCACUCGCGGAAGUGUAUUCUGCUGGGAUAACUCGACCAGAGGCCUUGACGCCAGUACCGCUCUUGAGUGGAUAAAGGCCAUCAGGGUCAUGACCGACAUUCUCGGUCUUACCACUAUUGUUACACUGUAUCAGGCGGGCAAUGGCAUCUACGAGCACUUCGACAAGGUUCUCGUUCUUGAUGAGGGCAAGCAAAUCUUCUACGGACCUCAACGGGAUGCUGUACCUUUCAUGGAAGACCUUGGCUUUCUACGAGACGGUGGCUCUAACCGAGGAGAUUUCUUAACUGGCAUAACGGUUCCUCAGGAGCGAGUUAUUGCCCCUGGCUACGAGGAGACCUUUCCUCGCACUGCUGAUGCGGUUCGAGACGCCUACCAGAAUUCUGUCAUCUAUCCCAAGAUGCUAGAAGAGGCUCGAGCCUAUCCCAAAACACCGGAAGCCGCAGACAACACGGCUAUUUUCAAAGAGAUGGUCGCUCGCGAGAAGCACAAAGGUGUAUCUGCAAAGUCGCCCGUUACCGCCGACUUCUACACCCAGGUCAAGACAGCCACUAUCAGACAGUACCAGAUUAUGUGGGGAGACAAGGCGACCCUGUUCAUGAAGCAGGGUGCAACAGUCAUCCAGGCUCUCCUUGGAGGUUCCCUCUUCUACUCUGCCCCCAACAAUUCCGCUGGCCUCUUCCUCAAAGGCGGUGCCCUGUUUUUCUCUAUCCUGUACAACGCACUCAUCGCCCUUUCUGAAGUCACCGACUCGUUCACUGGCAGACCCAUCUUGGCCAAGCACCGUUCUUUUGCUCUCUACAACCCAGCAGCUGUGGUAAUCGCCCAGGUCGUAGCAGAUCUUCCCAUCAUGCUGUUCCAAGUCUCGCAUUUCGGCCUUAUUCUCUACUUCAUGGUCGGUCUCAAGAUGACUGCUGGCGCAUUCUUCACUUAUCUGGUGAUCAACUAUACAGCUGCCUUAUCCAUGACGUCUUUCUUCCGUUUUAUCGGCGCAGCAUUCCCUACCUUUGACGCUGCGACAAAGGUCUCUGGUCUUUCCACUGUAGCCUUGUUUGUCUACAUGGGAUAUAUGAUAGUCAAGCCAGAGAUGCACCCAUGGCUUUCUUGGAUUUUCUGGAUCAACCCCAUGGCUUACGCAUUCGACGCUCUUCUGUCAAAUGAAUUCCAUGGCCAGAAUAUUCCCUGUGUUGGCCCCUAUCUUAUCCCCAACGGCCCUGGCUAUACUGAAGGACAGGGUGGACAGGCAUGUGCUGGUGUUGGCGGUGCUCCCCCAGGAGCCACGAGCGUUACAGGCGAGCAGUAUCUCGAAUACAUGUCUUUUGGCCACAGUCAUAUCUGGCGUAACUUUGGCAUCGUCUGCGCUUUUUGGGUGCUGUUCAUUGGUCUCACUAUCUUCUUUACCAAUGGAUGGAAGCAAGUCGGAGAAGGUGGCCGUAGCCUCCUCAUUCCACGAGAACAACAACACAAGUCCAAGCACCUGUUCCAGCCCGCAGCAGACGAGGAGUCGCCGGCUUCUGAAAAGACCACAGCCAAAUCUGGUUCUGACUCGGAGACGAAUCCCGAUACUGAACUCAUUCGCAACCGAAGUAUCUUUACCUGGAGAAACCUGACAUAUACCGUCAAAACGCCCGAUGGUGACCGCAUUCUUCUCGAUAACGUACAGGGAUACGUCAGGCCCGGCAUGCUCGGUGCCCUAAUGGGUGCAUCAGGCGCUGGUAAGACAACGCUUCUUGAUGUUCUCGCACAACGGAAAACCGAAGGAACUAUCCAUGGAUCCGUUUUAGUAGACGGUCACCCUAUUCCUGUCUCGUUCCAACGAUCUGCUGGCUAUGUUGAGCAGCUCGAUGUUCAUGAGCCCCUGGCAACUGUUCGUGAGGCUCUCGAAUUCUCGGCCCUCUUACGCCAGCCUCGGGAUGUACCCACCGAAGAGAAGUUGCGAUACGUCGAUACUAUUGUGGACCUUCUGGAGCUGAACGAUCUGGAACACACCCUUGUUGGUCGUCCAGGUAACGGCCUCUCUAUUGAACAGCGGAAGCGCCUCACCAUCGGUGUAGAAUUAGUUGCGAAGCCAAGCAUUCUUAUCUUUCUUGACGAACCUACAUCCGGACUCGAUGGCCAGGCUGCUUGUAAUACUAUUCGCUUCCUCCGAAAGCUUACAGCAGCUGGACAGGCUAUUUUGGUCACCAUUCACCAGCCGUCGGCACAACUCUUUGCCCAGUUUGAUACCCUUCUGCUACUUGCCAAGGGUGGAAAGACUGUAUACUUUGGUGAUAUCGGUGAUAAUGCGAAUACCAUCAAGUCAUACUUUGGUCGUCUUGGAGCCCCAUGCCCGCCUGAAGCCAAUCCUGCUGAACACAUAAUCGAUGUGGUGUCGGGCAACGGUGGGCCGUCUCAUCAGCAAGACUGGAACAAGAUUUGGCUUGAAUCAUCCGAACACGCAAACCUCGGCAAGGAACUGGAUCACAUGAUGGAUGAUGCCCUCUCUAGACCUUCAGGGGCCGAUGAUGAUGGAAACGAGUUCGCCGCUUCAAUGUGGACGCAGACGAAGCUAGUCUCCCAUCGCAUGAAUAUCUCACUCUUCCGCAACACCGAAUAUGUGUACAACAAAAUAGCCAUGCACAUCAGCUUAGCGCUACUCAAUGGCUUCACCUUUUGGAUGAUCGGCGAUAGUCUUACAGAUCUUCAGCAGAACCUCUUUACUGUGUUCAACUUUAUUUUCAUCGCUCCAGGAAUUAUCUCGCAGCUUCAACCUCUCUUCAUCGAUCGUCGCGAUAUCUACGAGGCGAGGGAAAAGAAGAGUAAGAUGUAUCACUGGGCUCCGUUCGUUACUGGUUUGAUCGUCUCGGAAUUUCCAUACUUGAUUGUGUGCGCAUUGCUCUAUUAUGUCUGUUGGUACUUCACAGCAGGCCUUCCUACCGGCCCUAACCAAGCAGGCAGUGUGUUCUUCAUUGUGGUCAUGUAUGAGUUCCUGUACACUGGGAUCGGACAGAUGAUCGCCGCAUACACUCCCAACGCUGUUUUCGCAUCUCUUGUAAACCCCUUGGUCAUUACUACUCUGGUCUCAUUCUGUGGUGUUAUGGUGCCUUACAGCCAGAUCGAACCGUUUUGGAAAUACUGGAUGUACUACAUCGACCCUUUCAACUACCUCAUGAGUGCCCUGCUUGUCUUUACUACUUGGGAUAAGCCUGUUCAUUGUAAGGAUAAUGAACUUGCCGUAUUCGACCCGCCUUCCAACCAGACAUGCGGCGAGUAUCUCUCCGUUUACCAGCAAGGCAUGGGAGUCGCCACAAGCCUCCUCAACCCAGAUGACACCUCAUCUUGCCGCGUAUGCCAGUACACUACGGGAGGAGAUUACCUCCAGACACUGAACCUCAAAGAAGAAUGGUAUGGAUGGAGGAACGCCGGUAUCGUUGUUGUCUUUGUGUUUGGCUUGUACGGACUCGUCUUCUUCAUGAUGAAGCUCAGGACUAAGGCUACCAAGAAGGCUGAGUCUUGA